GUGGAAUCGUGCGUGGCAAAAGCACAAAUAAAGAAAAAAUUAAAAACCCCAAAAAAAGCGAAACUGAAAAGAGACACAAGCUGUGAAAACAUCAACAACAAUAAACACAAGCAGCAAGUGACAGCGGCUAAAAGUACAUACAUACAUAUAUACGUACAUACAUACAGACAGACAUACAUAUAUAUGCACAUAUAUUGACACUGGUCAGUUCUUUCAAUUGGUUACACAACCCCCAAGAACAACAACACAAUAGCAACAACAGCACCAGCAACAAAAACAACAUAUGAGCAAAAAGCAGCACGCGGCGGUAGUCUUAAGCACAUACACAUAUACACAUACUAUAUGCACACACACAUACACACAAACGCAAGAAUAACAAUAGCAACAACAAAUCAACAUCGGCCAAAGCAGGUCAUUUUUGUUUGUGCCACUAGUUUCCAAUUUCGACGUUGACAGCGGAACGGCCCAAAACGUCAGCGACGUUGCAACAUCACAAGAAACAACAAUAACAACACUCAGCUGAGCGAGCAGCGACAACAACGUGCGAAAGCGACCGCCUGCAAUAUAAUUUAUUUAUAAGAAUUUCAUUGGAGUGGUGCCUCUGUUUCUGCUUCUGCUUCUGCUACCUCUUCUACCCGCACACACAUACAAGUACAGACACUCCUGUGCUUUUUGAUUUACACUUGCCGCAAUGGGUCUCUUAAGCGAGGGCAGUCCACUAUCCUGGGAGGAGACCAAGGCACUGGCCGAUCAUGUCCGCGAGCAUGGCGUCAAUCAGUUUAUAAAUCUCUAUCACAGACUGAAGAGUCGCCAGGGCGAUGUGCUGAAGUGGGGCGAUGAGGUCGAGUACAUUAUUGUCAAGUUCGAUGAUGAUAAGCAGGUGGCGCGCGUUGCCCUCAAGGCGAAGGACCUGCUGGCCAAACUAAAUGAGAAGGAAUUGGCCGAUCCCAAGGGCGUCAAGUCUCUGUGGCGUCCCGAAUAUGGUGCCUAUAUGAUCGAGGGUACACCCGGCAAACCAUUUGGCGGCCUCAUGGCCCACUUCAAUUUGGUCGAAGCUAACAUGCGUUAUCGUCGAGAGGAAGUCACCGAGCUGCUGGCCAGCGACGAGUGUGUCAUGUCGAUAACAAACUUUCCACGACUGGGCGCCCCCAACUUCACAUACCCCCUUUGCCAGCCACACCCCGAGGAUCCGACGAGUGCCGCCCGUUCCCUCUACUUCCCCGAUGAGGCCAUCUUUCCCGGACAUCCACGUUUCAAGACUCUGACUCGCAACAUACGCAUGCGCCGUGGGGAGAAAGUAUCCAUAAAACUAAAGGUUUUCAAAGAUGUCAACACAAAAUUACCUGUGGAGGGUGCUCCGCCCGGUGAGCCAGACGUUGUGCUGUUGGAUGCCAUGGGUUUCGGAAUGGGCUGUUGCUGCCUGCAGUUGACUUUCCAGGCCUGUAACAUUACCGAAGCUCGACGCCUGUACGAUCAGCUGGCGCCAUUAUGUCCCAUUAUGCUGGCUCUAAGUGCUGCCUCGCCGAUUUAUCGCGGCUACCUAACCGAAUCCGAUUGCCGCUGGAAUGUGAUAAGCUCGUCGGUGGACUGCCGCAAUGAGGAGGAGCGUGGUCUCCUCCCCUUGCAGAAUAGCAAAUUUCGGAUUGCGAAAUCACGCUACGAUUCGAUUGAUUCGUAUCUGUCGCCCGAGGGCGCAAAAUACAACGAUGUCCCCCUAACUUACGAUGAAAACGUCUAUAAGCGUCUGAUCGAUGGAGGCAUUGAUCAUCUGCUGGCCCAACAUGUUGCCCAUCUUUUCAUACGAGACACCGUCUCUCUGUUCAGCGAGAAGGUCAAUCAGGACGACAACGAGGAUACCGACCACUUCGAGAACAUACAGUCCACCAAUUGGCAAACCAUGCGCUUCAAGCCGCCGCCACCCAACAGCUCCAUUGGCUGGCGUGUCGAGUUUCGUCCGUGCGAAGCCCAGAUCAGCGACUUUGAGAACGCGGCCAUUGUCUGCUUUGUGGUGUUGCUGACACGCGUCAUCUUGUCCUACCAGCUGAACUUCUUGACGCCCAUCAGCAAGGUGGACGAGAACAUGCAGACGGCUCAGAAGCGCGAUGCUUGCCGCAAGGAGAGAUUCUGGUUCCGUCGCUCAUCCAAGACCACCGAGCAACGUGCCGCGGCGGCUGCGACCUCCACAAAGGCUGCUGUCCAAGAGAAGGACAAGGAGGACAAGGCCACAACGAACGGCAGCAAUGCGCCUUGGAGCAAUGGCAUGCCCAAGCUAAACGGUCAUGGAGUUAAUGGAAUGAACGGAAUCGGCACAAACGGCAUCGAUAGCGAUCACACCGAUACGGAUGACGAGGAUAACGAACUGUUCCAAUUGCUCACCAUCAAUGAGAUUUUUAAUGGAAAGCCCAACGUUUUUCCCGGCCUAGUUCCGCUCAUUCGCAGCUACUUGCAGUCCAUGGAGGUGGACACGGAUACGCACUGUACCAUUGAACAGUAUCUGCGUUUCAUACAAAAACGCGCAGCUGGCGAACUGGUCACAACAGCCACCUGGAUGCGCGAACAGGUGCUGAGUCAUCCCGACUACAAGCAAGACUCGGUGGUGAGCGAGCGGAUCAACUACGAUCUGCUUAAGCGCAUACAGUCCAUACAACAGGGCAAGCACGUGGAACCAGCGCUGCUGGGUCAGGGAAAUCAUUCCAAGACGAAAGAUUUCAUUCCGCCCGCUCUGCAGAAGCAGCUGGCCAAGAACGGAUGCUGCGAGGAUAAAUGAUCGCGUCGAUAGUGUUGCUGCCAAGGAGCGCAAAGACGGACCGGACGUAGGCGUGGCAUGUGAGCGUUGGCUUGUGUGAUUGGAAUAUGUGUGCUCGACGCAAAUGGAGAAUAUGACAGAAAAGGAGGAAGAUGAUGGCGGCAGUGACGCACAUGUUCAGCAAAAUAUUAUCAAUAUUAUUUUUGUAGUUUAAUUUUAACAAAUUAGCGAACCGAAGUGGAGAGAAAUUAGGCGUGCAUUUGUCGUGUCGGUUGGCAGUUUUUGAGGCACAGCUGAAGAUUGUCGGGCUAUUGGGGAGGGGGAUGUGGCACAGUGGGGCUGGAACGCAGAAGACGGCAACAUGAACGGAAACGAAAGACAACUUAGGAGGCAAACGGGGCUCUAGAUGCAAAAAAAUACUAUUAUUAUUAUAUAUAUAUAUAUUCUUAUUAUCGCUGAAAUAUUUUAAAUGUAUGUAUUAUCCUGAGCCACAUUAUGUUUUUUUUUUUAAUAUGUAUAUCCUAUGCGAAUGGAAGCACUUAACCCAUUCUGACUUUGUGCAACAUUCGAUGACAUGACCAAUAGAAAUCAAAAAGCAAAAACAGCAAAACUAGCAUGGCAAUGCAUAUAUGUAUACUUAUAUUUUAAUCUCAACCAAGUAAAAGUACAAUGCAAUGACGCAAUCUUUGAAAUAAUUGUUUAAUAGACAUCAAAUGAGUAAUUUAAAUAAUUAUUAUUUUUAUACAUACAUUAUAUACAAACAUUUUUUUCUCCACUUUUUUUUUUGUAAACGUGCAUAUUUUUGUAACGCGGCGCUGUGCCCAUGGUUGAUGUAUGUGUGAGGCUCAUGGCGAGCGUGGUAGACGAUAAAUAAAAUAAACUGAUGUUAUUUAAUUAUAUACAUACAAAAAAAGAAUAAACAAAGCAAAGCAACUAAAAAAAGAAGAAAAUUCAAAAUAUAAAUAAAACAAUCACGAGUGCUAACUUA